GCACACUCCGCGCUCGGGCGGACCCGCACGCCGCGGCAGGGAGCGCGGCGCCGCACCGGCAGCGCGAAGCAGCGCCGGCCGCCGGCGGGGCGAGAGACACCGCCGCUCCGCGCGCGAGGAAGGGCCCCGCGCGCCCGCCCGCCCCCCGCUCCCCCGGCCCCGCGCGUCCCGGCGGCGGCUCCGCCCGCAGAGACUUUGCAUGUGCGCGCGGCGGCGUGCGGCUCCGGGCGCCCUUUUCUCUCGGUGUCAGCUCGCCGGGACGCCCUGCACGGUGUCUCCUCCCGAUAAUUUCAAGUGAAAGUUAAGGACCUUUUGUCCUCAUCUGCUGUAGAGGUGGUAGACUCUUCUGGAAGGAGAACCAGUUUGAGCAAAAAGGAAAAGACCGUCCCUUCCAGCAGCACAGCAAGGUGACUAAGUGACUGCAAAGAAAUGAUGGUGGUGCUGGAAUUGAUUUCAGACAUCACUUCAGUUCAAGGUUGAAGUGAAAAGGUUUUUUUGAGGCUUAGAAGAAGCAGGUAUUAAGUCAUGAUGCAGGAAUCUGCGACAGAGACAAUAAGCAACAGUUCAAUGAAUCAAAAUGGAAUGAGCACUCUAAGCAGCCAAUUAGAUGCUGGCAGCAGAGAUGGAAGAUCAAGUGGUGACACGAGCACUGAAGUAAGCACAGUAGAACUGCUGCAUCUGCAACAACAGCAGGCACUCCAGGCAGCAAGGCAGCUGCUUUUACAGCAACAGACAAGUGGACUGAAAUCUCCUAAGGGCAGUGAUAAACAGAGACCACUGCAGGUGCCUGUGUCAGUGGCCAUGAUGACUCCCCAGGUGAUCACCCCUCAGCAAAUGCAGCAGAUUCUCCAGCAGCAAGUGUUGUCUCCACAGCAGCUUCAAGCCCUUCUCCAGCAGCAGCAAGCAGUUAUGUUGCAGCAGCAACAACUACAAGAGUUUUACAAGAAACAGCAAGAGCAGUUACAUCUUCAGCUUUUGCAGCAGCAGCAACAGCAGCAGCAACAGCAACAACAACAGCAGCAACAACAGCAACAACAGCAGCAGCAGCAACAGCAACAACAACAGCAGCAGCAGCAGCAACAGCAGCAGCAACAGCAUCCAGGAAAGCAAGCAAAAGAGGUAGGAGCUAAGACCUUUCAGCAGCAGCAGUUGGCAGCCCAGCAGCUUGUCUUCCAGCAGCAGCUCCUCCAGAUGCAACAACUUCAGCAGCAGCAACAUCUGCUGAACCUUCAGCGUCAGGGACUCAUUUCCAUCCCACCUGGCCAGUCUGCUCUUCCUGUCCAGUCUCUGCCACAAGCUGGCUUAAGUCCUGCUGAGAUUCAGCAGUUAUGGAAAGAAGUGACUGGAGUUCACAGUAUGGAAGACAAUGGCAUUAAACAUGGAGGGCUAGACCUCACUACUAACAAUUCCUCCUCUACUACCUCCUCCACCACUUCCAAAGCAUCACCACCAAUAACUCAUCAUUCCAUAGUGAAUGGACAGUCUUCAGUUCUAAAUGCAAGGCGAGACAGCUCGUCACAUGAGGAAACUGGGGCCUCCCAUACUCUCUAUGGUCAUGGAGUUUGCAAAUGGCCUGGCUGUGAAAGUGUUUGUGAAGAUUUUGGACAAUUUUUAAAGCACCUUAACAAUGAACAUGCAUUGGAUGACAGAAGCACUGCUCAGUGUCGGGUGCAAAUGCAAGUGGUUCAACAGUUAGAAAUACAGCUUUCUAAGGAACGCGAACGUCUUCAAGCAAUGAUGACCCACUUGCACAUGCGACCCUCGGAGCCCAAGCCAUCUCCAAAACCUCUCAAUUUGGUGUCUAGCGUCACCAUGUCUAAGAACAUGUUGGAGACAUCACCACAGAGCUUACCUCAAACUCCCACAACACCAACGGCCCCAGUCACCCCAAUUACCCAGGGACCUUCCGUAAUCACCCCAGCCAGUGUACCCAAUGUGGGAGCCAUUCGAAGAAGACAUUCAGACAAAUACAACAUUCCCAUGUCAUCAGAAAUUGCCCCAAACUAUGAAUUUUAUAAAAAUGCAGAUGUCAGACCUCCAUUUACUUAUGCAACUCUCAUAAGGCAGGCUAUCAUGGAAUCGAGUGACAGGCAGUUAACACUUAAUGAAAUUUACAGCUGGUUUACACGGACAUUUGCUUACUUCAGGCGUAAUGCAGCAACUUGGAAGAAUGCAGUGCGUCAUAAUCUUAGCCUGCACAAGUGUUUUGUUCGAGUAGAAAAUGUUAAAGGAGCAGUAUGGACAGUGGAUGAAGUAGAGUACCAGAAGCGAAGGUCACAAAAGAUAACAGGAAGCCCAACGUUAGUGAAAAACAUACCCACCAGCUUAGGCUAUGGAGCAGCUCUUAAUGCAAGUUUGCAGGCUGCACUGGCAGAGAGUAGUUUACCAUUACUUAGUAACCCAGGAUUGAUAAAUAACGCAUCCAGUGGCUUACUGCAGGCAGUCCAUGAAGAUCUCAAUGGUUCGCUGGAUCACAUUGACAGUAAUGGAAAUAGCAGUCCGGGCUGCUCUCCUCAGCCUCACAUACACUCUAUCCAUGUCAAGGAAGAACCAGUGAUUGCAGAGGAUGAAGACUGUCCAAUGUCCUUGGUGACAACAGCAAAUCACAGUCCAGAGUUGGAAGAUGAUAGAGAGAUUGAGGAAGAGCCUUUAUCUGAAGAUCUGGAAUAAAAAGAGACUUAAGAAACCUCAAAAUGAAGGGACAUAUCACUGACCUUCAGAACCACUCCGCGACCAUGAAUAUUUGACAAAUUUUUACUGUGACUAUUUAUUAAGCAUGGAUAAAGAAGAACAGCCCUAAAGGAACUUGUUAAGCCAGCCCUUUGGGACCCAGUAACAACAGGCAAAUUGCUUGUUUUUCUUCUUCUUCUUUUUUUCUUUUUCCUUUUUUUUUUAAAGAUAAACUGAUUUUCUUGAGGAAAAAAAAAAACGACAAAACUGUUCUUUAUAUAAUGGCUUGCCCAUUUAAAAAAAAUGUGGCUCUUAAGGGUUCAUGAAAUGACUGAAUAUGAGGAUACAUGUUCUGUAGAAAGCAAAUGGGCCUCAUAUACUGCCAAAAAUAGUGUUAGUUUCAUUAAUGUGGAUUUCCAGCAUACGGUAGUUGUAAUGUUAGAAACAAUUGCUGGUCAAGUUCAACUUGUUGCUAUUGUUUUUAAUUUGCACAGGAGUAGUAUCAGAAAUUAGUGUCACUGCUUGUAUCUAGCUGAAUUUUAAACAACAGAACAUUAGUUUUUUAUGUUGGUGCCACCAACUGUAAAUGACAUAAGUUAGUUAUUACAAACCACAGUAAUUAGACUGUUGCAACCAUCUAAAAACCUUUAGGCUUCCAGUCUGUGCUGUUAGUGUUAAGAUGUAAAGUGCAAUCCUAAGCUAACAUUGUCUGUGCAAGCACCAUAGAAACAUUUGCAUAUCUGCAUAUAUCUUACAACUGUACUCUUUACCUCCUUGUGAUAAAGCUUUGUCUACCUGCAAACACAGUCAAAGGCUACAGCUGCAAACCAAAGCCAACUCUAACAAUGGCCAAUAGCUCAACGACAGAAGCAGCCACAUGCUUUGGUCAGCCUUCUGUAACUUUAAUUAGUACAAAGGAACCUUUCCAUGAACUACCUGCUGUUUUCUGAUGACCUCUGGGAUCUUUUCAUUUAGCCCUAUACAAAGAAACAAAUAUGAAAAAAAGUCAAUUCAGUCACAGUGUAAUCUUCUGAGGCCAAAAGUCAAUCUAAAUGCAGUGAAGAUUUGCUUUCAUUUAAGACAGAGGUGAGAACAAAGUCUGCAGUGGAAGUUAUGAUAGAAAGCAACAAAUGUGGAUCACUGACCAAAAUAAUGAUGUACUUGAUGCAAAUGCAGAUUGCAUAUUGUUAUAUAUAAUACAUUAUGUUUUAUUUUUUUCCCAUUCAGUCUUGUUUUUUUCUGUGGUGAAUACAUGUUGUUAGAAGAUGUCUUGUAUGGUCUUAAUCUUUGUUGUGUACUAUUUUUUAUAGUCUUAAGUUAUAAUGAAAAAAAAGAAAAGUAGGAACCAAACAUAAAAGGUCUAGUAAAGCCAAAAAUUAAUUUCAUAUUGAUUUAAAGUGAUCUAGGUGAGUUUUUACACUGAAAGCAAAGAUAUAGCAAUUGUAGUCCAUGGUAUUUAUUUUCACUCAAACCAAAGUUACAUAUAAUUCUGCCUCUGCUUAUACGGGAUAUUAACACUAACAAUACACUCCCUUUGGAAGACUUGCACAGGCCAAAUUGUUGGAAUGCUGGUUUUCUUGACAACUCCAAACCCAAAAAUAUGAUAAUGCGUUAUGGUGUAGUUGAAAAUAGCAUAGUCAGAUGUUUGCUUAAAACCUAGAAACUUUACGUGUUGCUUUUCAUGUGCUGUGCCAAGUCUUGAUAAUACUUUUUCCCCCAACCAAGGGACCUCAUAACCUGAUUAUGGUUAUUGCUUUACAAACAGUUUUUGACAGAAGGUGGCUGCUAGAGCUUAACAUAUGUACCAGUUCCAUGUGAUGGUCCUGGUUCUUGCAAACUAAGCUCAUCAUUUAUUCUUUGCUGAAGUCAGCAAAUAGACUUAAAGAUAUACACAGUCAUCUAUCACGCCAAAUAAAACGACAUAACGGCUUUCGAAAGGGUUUUCCCACUUACCCAAAAGGCUUUCUGAAAGCUUCUACCUCUGCAAAAGAAAAAAAAAAAAAAAAAGAAAAAAAAAACAAGAGCAAAAGAAAUUAGAACAAUUAUGGCAGAUUGCAUGAAUUGUGAGAACGUCAUAGUAACUGCUACUUUUCAUUAUGUUUGUCUUUGGGUCAUGAUCAACAGAAAGUUUACGGUAAUUACAUCAAGAGAAGGAUCCACCUUGUAAGCGGUUGUUUUCAGUCAAUCAGUCGUCUAAGAUGCUGAUGUGGGGAAUACCUGAAAGGGAACGAUGGGUGUUUCGAGUGCAUGUUCAAGAGACUUUGAUGGACUGGAAGUAAAUGUGGUAACUGUUACCAUCAGGAAGGUGGCCUAAGACUACAAUGCUAAAGUAUGCAUACCUCAGUUACAAAACUUUUGAAAGGAAGUCUCAGCCACAGAAUGCAUAUACCUGUAGAGUUUUGCAUGGGUUUUAUAUAAAUACAAUUUAAAAAAAAAAUAGCUGCUUGCACAUUAUACCAGAAAAACCUCCAAAACUGCAAUUGCUUUGAAAAUAGAUUUUAGGUUUUUUGGAGUUUUCUGAGAUGCUUGGUCUGUAUUUUGAUAAUUGUGCAUAUUAUGUAAAAAUGUUGGUGGACCCAUAAAUGACCAGACUUUUUCUAAGAAAAAUGUUGCUUUAAUGCAUUUCAUGAAUUUUUACUCUUAUAUCAUUGCUUGCUAGUAAUAGCAAAUCUGCUUUUCUGCAUCUGCUUUGCGUAGCUAUUGUAAGGCUUUGAACUAAUGUAUGUAUUUAUUGCUUGAACUUCUGUGCAUACCUUAUAAAGCAUAAUGUCUGACAAUUUAAAUGGCUCAUGUAUUCUUGCUUCUAUCAUAAGCCGAGGACGGGGAUUAUGAUCUUUUGUAUACAGCAAAUUUUAACUGUAGCACAAACAUCUGUUUAUGUAUUGGUGGGAUAUACCUGUUUUAUUUAUCUUUUUUGAGGUAAACUAAUUUUUGAUACUUUUCAUUACCGUGUACUGUGUUCAUACCUUGAAUUCUCUGACGUUAGAAGUCAUGGUUGAGAAUUGUAACAGCUGUUAUUCGUUCUGUAUUCAUGGCUUUCACUGCUGAAUAAAAUAAAGGACCAAACCUAGGAUUUGAAAGAAAA